CAAUCAUCUAGCCUGGGAAGAAACCUGGCAUCUUACUAUCUUUUUGUGGUGUUGAAGAUCAAACCCAGGGCCCCACACAUGUAAGAGCUCUGAUUUGUAAACAAGUGGAAGAUGAUUUGUACUUCCAGAAGAUUCACACUUUUGGAAUGGAACAUCCUCUGGUGUCUGCUGCUGUGUCUCUCUGGCAUGAUCUCUGUGAAGAAUGUCUUCCAAGCAAGCCACCUCUCCAUUUGCCUGUACAACUGAUGGAGAGGAAAUAAUGACCCAGGAUUUGACCUCAAGGGAAAAGGAAGAGGGCAGUGACCAACAUGUGGCCUCCCAUCUGCCUCUGCACCCCAUAAUGCACAACAAACCUCACUCUGAGGAGCUACCAACGCUUGUCAGUACCAUUCAACAAGAUGCUGACUGGGACAGCGUUCUGUCAUCUCAGCAAAGAAUGGAGUCAGAGAAUAAUAAGUUAUGUUCCCUAUAUUCCUUCCGAAAUACGUCUACCUCACCACAUAAGCCUGACGAAGGGAGUCGGGAGCGCGAGAUAAUGAGCAGUGUUACUUUUGGAACCCCGGAACGCCGCAAAGGGAGCCUUGCCGACGUGGUGGAUACGCUGAAGCAGAAGAAGCUGGAGGAGAUGACUCGGUCGGAACAAGAGGAUUCCUCCUGCAUGGAAAAACUACUUUCAAAAGAUUGGAAGGAAAAAAUGGAAAGACUAAAUACGAGUGACCUUCUUGGAGAAAUCAAAGGUACACCUGAGAGCCUAGCAGAGAAGGAACGCCAGCUCUCCACCAUGAUCACCCAGCUGAUCAGCUUGCGGGAGCAGCUCCUGGCAGCGCACGAUGAACAGAAAAAGCUGGCAGCCUCACAGAUCGAGAAACAGCGGCAGCAAAUGGACCUUGCUCGCCAACAACAAGAACAGAUCGCAAGACAACAGCAGCAACUUCUCCAGCAGCAGCACAAGAUUAAUCUCCUGCAGCAACAGAUCCAGCAGGUUCAGGGGCACAUGCCUCCGCUCAUGAUCCCCAUUUUCCCACAUGACCAGCGGACCCUGGCAGCAGCUGCUGCCGCCCAACAGGGAUUCCUCUUCCCCCCUGGAAUAACAUACAAGCCAGGUGAUAACUACCCCGUACAGUUCAUUCCGUCAACAAUGGCAGCUGCUGCUGCUUCUGGACUCAGCCCUUUACAGCUCCAGCAGCUCUAUGCCGCUCAGCUGGCCAGCAUGCAGGUGUCACCUGGAGCAAAGAUGCCAUCAACUCCACAGCCACCAAACACAGCAGGGGCGGUCUCACCUACUGGGAUGAAAAAUGACAAGAGAGGGACCAGCCCUGUAACUCAAGUUAAGGAUGAAACAACAGCCCAGCCACUGAAUCUCUCAUCGCGGCCUAAGACAGCAGAGCCUGUGAAGUCCCCAACAUCUCCCACCCAGAGCCUCUUCCCAGCCAGCAAAACCAGCCCUGUCAACCUUCCGAACAAGAGCAGCGUCCCCAGCCCCAUUGGAGGGAGCCUGGGGAGAGGAUCCUCUCUAGAUAUCCUGUCCAGUCUCAACUCUCCUGCCCUGUUUGGGGACCAGGACACAGUGAUGAAAGCCAUUCAGGAGGCUCGGAAGAUGCGAGAGCAGAUCCAGCGGGAGCAGCAACAGCAGCCACACGGGGUCGAUGGGAAACUGUCUUCCAUGAACAAUAUGGGGCUGAGCAACUGCAGGAAUGAGAAGGAAAGAACACGCUUUGAGAACUUGGGGCCCCAGUUAACAGGGAAGUCAGGUGAAGAUGGGAAGCUGGGCCCAGGCGUCAUCGAUCUCACUCGGCCGGAAGACGCAGAGGGAAGCAAAGCAAUGAAUGGCUCUGCAGCUAAACUACAGCAGUAUUAUUGUUGGCCAACAGGAGGCGCCACUGUGGCUGAAGCACGCGUCUACAGGGAUGCCCGCGGUCGUGCCAGCAGCGAGCCUCACAUCAAGCGACCAAUGAAUGCGUUCAUGGUUUGGGCGAAGGACGAAAGGAGGAAAAUUCUUCAGGCUUUCCCUGACAUGCAUAACUCAAACAUUAGCAAAAUCUUAGGAUCUCGCUGGAAAUCCAUGUCCAACCAGGAGAAGCAACCUUACUAUGAAGAACAGGCUCGGCUAAGCAAGAUCCACCUAGAGAAGUACCCAAAUUACAAGUACAAACCCCGGCCGAAACGCACGUGCAUCGUGGAUGGCAAGAAGCUCCGGAUUGGAGAGUACAAGCAACUGAUGCGCUCCCGGAGGCAGGAGAUGAGACAGUUCUUCACUGUUGGGCAACAGCCUCAGAUUCCCAUCACCACAGGAACAGGUGUUGUGUAUCCUGGUGCUAUUACUAUGGCAACGACCACACCAUCACCUCAGAUGACAUCUGACUGCUCUAGCACCUCUGCCAGCCCAGAGCCCAGCCUCCCUGUCAUCCAGAGCACGUAUGGUAUGAAGAUGGACGGCGCAAGCCUGGCUGGGAACGACAUGAUUAAUGGAGAGGAUGAAAUGGAAGCCUAUGACGACUACGAAGAUGAUCCCAAAUCAGACUAUAGCAGCGAAAACGAGGCCCCAGAGCCUGUCAGUGCCAACUGAGGAGCUUUUGUUUGCUGAAUUAGAACACUCUGACAUUUCACCCCCUUUCCCCAACAACAACAAAGUUCUUAAAGAGCCCGCAUGCAUUUGUGGCUCCACCAUACAUCAGCAGAGUGGUCUUAAUCGCUUCGUAACGUGUGAGACAGAUUAAGUUUUCCUGAGUUUUCAUAAACUUGAGUUUUUGUCGUUACCGUUACUGUUGUUGUUUAUUUAGGUGAAGACGUAUUAAAUAUGAGACACGGGGACUUGGAAACUUAUCUCCGCCCAUCGCCGUCUUUCAAGUCUUACAUUUCUGUCUUACUAUUUUUCUUUGGGAUGUUGACAAAGGGUUUAAGUUACUGUUUUAGAUGGGGUUAAACAUUCUCACUCAGGUAUGCUGUGCCGGCUACAGGUUGUGAAUGUGUUUUUAUUCUGAAUUACUUUAGAGAACAACUGAGGAUUUCGUAUUGUGAGACCGGACAAGUCCACGGUGUGUGCGGCUGCAUAUAGAACAUGUUCAUAAGGCCUCGGAAUUCCAUUUUUUUUCCAUGUGUAGAAUUCAACUUUGAAUGUGCCAAACUUUUUUCAUAACUUUUGAAUCUUAACUAUUUUGAAAGUCUUACCGGAGACACUGCAAAGUCUUAGACAAUCUUUGGCAUCUUAAAAUAAAAUAGCAAACCACACUUUUUUUUUCCCAGAAAAUGGUGAAGUACUCAGGAAUCUGGAGACAAGAUAUUGUAAGGAAUGAGCAAGGCUGCCACAGUGCAUGAACCCAAUUGUGUUUGCCUCUUGACGUGCCAUCAGUGUGUGGCGUGGGACGACACGCGUCAGAGCCGUCUCCACACCAGACACCACACGGUGGUCUCCCUGCCUGAGACCGCCUUUCACUACAUCCAUUCUCCCCUGCCUUUCACCCUGACAUUCAAUCUUAACACAUUUUUCUCUUAAAUAAUUUAUUCAUUCCAGAAUGUCAAGGGUCCACUUACUAUUUAUUUUAAAAAUUAUUGGUGGCAUUAAUUUAAUAAUUUUUCUUUUUUGUUUGCCCUCCUUGCCCUUUCACCUAUUUUUCCUGCUGGAUACAAAAGAUGUACAUAGCAAUCUCAUGUCCCCAGAGCCCCUGGAAACAUUUCUGAAUUGAUGCUAGUAAAUGCAUAUGUUGUUGUUUUUAAAGAUGAGUGUCUAUCUGGGUCAAAGGUGUCUUACAUGUAAACAUGUAUGCCCCUGUGAGUCACUGUGAGCUCAGGUCUUUGCCUGGAGUUCCUCCUUCAUUCAGUUUUCAGUGAACAGUAGAACCUGAGUUCCACGCAGCAGUGAAGGUCAGCAGCGGUCACUGCCAGUCAAGGAGCCUCUCACAGCCACUCUGAAGCCCAAGGGCCAUAGGCCACACAGGGGUCUACAGUGGAGCUGGCCUGCUGUCACUUUUACUGAGGAAGCUGGUCCUGACUGGCACAUCCAAGGAGAGCUGUGCAAAAUUUCCAGGAUGUUAGAGGCCUCAACACAAAGACAAGGGCAAAAGGAAACCACGGGGAAGGGUAAGCAUGAGAGAGCUGAUAGCCAGUAGGACAGACAGACGGCUACUGGGGUGGUCCACCUGCUCUGCUGGCAGACCUCAUGUCUGAGAGGCUGCUCGUAGAUGAGGUGAUCUGCUCCAGAGACAUGCUGCUGGGCUGGGAGGCACAGGCUUCCUGUCCCAUCUCCUCACUGCAGGUGGUUCUACUGUGUUGUAACUUUGACCUUCCUGAACCUAGGCCUGGUUGCUUACAGGAGCCUUACCCAGAGCCCUUUCUUGGGAGUGAGUCAGUGGACAGGACAGCCCAGAAUCUGAGCGUCAGGACAAAGAACAGCUCCAUCAGAUUUUUUUGAGCCAUUUUGUCACUUGGAAGAAAGUAAUAAAACUUCAUAUUUAUUUAAAGAGUGCUCCAGGCCAUACCUACUAGCAAUAAAUAGGUCUAGCCAAGAGAUGAGCAGCCCUGUCAUUCGCUGUGAGUGCUCUCCAUAGGCUGUUUAAGGUACUGAUAGGAAUGUUUUGUUCUUAAUAUUGAUUGGGGAAUGGAACUUUGUUAUUGUACAUUGAUUUCAUAUGAGGAGGAGGUCACUUUUCAAAAACAAAAUGAGUAUUUAUUAUGUCUUACUGAUUUCUUGGACUCUCUGUCUCUCCUCAAUUCCUCCUCAUGCUUCUUCCUUUCUCUUUGGCUUCUGCUCUCACUGGUAAGUUUGUUUUGUUUUUUGUUUUUGUUUUUUAAAUUGUGCUGUAUAGGUAGAGUGUUAUAUGGCUAGCAUUGUAUUGUAUGUAAUUAAUUUUGCACAAAGGUAAACAUUUAGCAUAAUAGUUAAUUUUGUUUGUUUUUAUGACCAUGCCAAAAUAAUAUUCUGGGCUGGUGGAGAACAAAGGACUGUUCUUUAGGAUUGAAACUUGAUUUGCUUUAAAAAAAAAAAAAAGAGAGAGAAAAAACAAACAAACAAAACCACACACACUCACAGAUGCUGUUUCGUAAGUGUUACAAGCACUGGAUAUAAAUGGUAUUUUUAUCACUGACUAAUGUGAAACUGGUAUGGAAACUACAUGAACAAAAGUCAUCUGUCUCGACUCGUGUGGGCUUGCCUCACAGUUGCCGGAUCUGAGUCAUUUUUAUGUCUUGUUAUUUCAUUUAUUUAUGCAAAAUACAUGUGUGUAGGAACUUCGUGUCAGCUCCAACUCUGCCUCGGCACUGGGUCCAGUAACUUCUAGCCAUAUUCUCAAACACAAAGGUUGUCUGGGAAUGACUGGGUGGGAACGCCUCUCAUUGGCUCAGACAGUGAUGCUGUAUUCUAAUCUAAAUUUUGUGCGUACACGUACACAGUUUAUUCUAUUUAUUAGCCACAUUUGGCUCUAAAUAUCCAUGGGAAUGAGAAUGACAAUCACAGAGAUCGCUUACAUCAGUGGGGCUUAAACAGAGUUUUUAUGACUUCACCAUCUCAUUUUUAGAGUUUUCUAAUUGUGUAAAUAUAACAUAGAAAUAGAAUUUAUUUUUGGUUCAUGAGUUCCUAGUGACAUAUAAGUUAUGUAUCUUCUUUCUAUUCUUUAUCCGUAUGUGUUGCUCCACACUAAAAGCUGGCCAGGCAGAUUUAGUGUGGACAGAGAGCUGUCAGCUCCAGUGAGGCAGUGCCCAUCCUCGGCCAAGACAGCAGGACCCUGCCUGGUUCUCAUGUGGUCCCGAGCCCCCUGGUCCCCCACUCAGACCUCCCCCUCUUUCCUUAUGGGAAGCCGAGUUGCAUUUUAGAGGUAAAGAUCUGUCUGCGGUAUUAGUAUAAACCUCACGGUACCAGUCAAGGGGUUCUAAAGUCACCUUCCUGCAGCAUCCCCUCUUUUACACUAGCUUUAAAUAAAAACCCAAGUUUGUCUCCAGGAAAGAACUCCCAGGAUCAGGAUCAGGCUUUCCUUCGUCGCCUGGGAAUAGUGGUAUUGUCAGACAAUCCUCUUUUUAGUGUACGGGCUCUAUGGGAUAGAGAGGGGACAGAGAGAGAGAAGGUCCAUCCAUGGACACAAGAAGCCUAGUUGGCAAUUUCCCUUCAUCAUUGGCAAGUUCCAGGCCAUGUUGUUUUUGCAAACACUCUCUCAGCCUUUUGGGUUUGCCUCAUUUGGUAUUUGAUGCCUUCUAUCCUGUCCUGGGCCUGAAUCCCUUCGCCAAGGUCUUGACACAGACUCCUAGGCCAUCUUCUAAAUUCAGGUGUGGGCUCACAGAGCCCGCUUGUCAAAUGCUGGCCUCCUCUGGACAUCAGCCCCAUGGGAGCCAGCAGUGCUAAAGAAGGGUGUGAUCGCUUUAGAGCUGAAAGCAGGCUAGAGUAAAGCCUGCUUUUCUGGGGAUAGGCACCUCCCUCAGAAGAAACAUGGCCUGGUCACAUGAUCCACCCUGGAGGCUGUUGCUCUAGCCACUCCUUUUCGAUAAGUUGACUUUCCCAGCUCCUUAGGGAAAGGAGCCAAGGAUUCCUUCAUAGUUUUGAGCCAUAGAAGCCCCGUACCAAGUGCCAACAACAGCAGAGCUGUGUCCAGAGGAAGAGACUGAGAUGACGGCGGGGUCUUCCUCGUUACCAACACAGAGACAGCACCGCCAGCUGUAGCCUUGCCUGGGGUCCACGAUUCCUCCAAGGAUGGGGCUGGCAUGUCAGCUCCCUCUGAACGGAUAAUGACAGUGGUGACCUCACUGUCUCACUUGCACUGCAUUUAUUUAGGUCCUCUACCCCUGACACGGCUUCUUCGGAAGCAGCUAUUUCUCCUGCCAAUCACAUUGUUUCUGACGCCACACACGCUUGCUCAUGGCUCUGCACAUCAAAAAUAGACCGAAAAUCAUGACAUGCAAGCAAGGAUCUUUUUUGUCCCCAUCUCAUCAUUUCCAAGCACUUAUAAGCUGGCACCGGGGAUGCUUGAGGGCAGAGAUGGAGUGACUUGGCACGGGAUGAAAGAGUAAGGCUUCCUGCAGAUUCCCUUCUGUCAACCAAGGAGCGGGAGACGGCAGUAGGUGAUAUUCCUUGCUGGUGUCUUAUUUCCACGGAAUAGCAGGCAUAGAGCAGGGCUUCAGUGUGGGCACUCUUGGAGUCUGGGGAUGUGCAAGCAUUUGUCAUUGCUACAGAUUACAGGUCUGCUCGUGUGCAUCCCCCGUUGUCUGUCUCCGUCAUAAGUGCAUCUGUUCUCUCUCUCUCUCUCUCUCUCUCUCUCUCUCUCUCUCUCUCUUUCUCUCUCUCUCAGUGCAGUCCUCUUGUAUCCUCCUCCAGCCCAUAGCACAUUAGGAUACAAAACAGCUGAGCACUUGUUUUGGCUCAUUCUUGUAUUUGCUGUGUACAAUUUUGAAUCACCCUAUCCAAGCCUCUAAGCUGUUACUACGUAACUUAUCUUUACUGUAACUCUUUUCUUUGCCUACAUUGUAUUUGUUUGUGAUGUAUAUUGUGAGAUUGUAUUCUAUGUUAAUUUAAUCAGCACAACUCACUGACAUGCUGGACUGACAUGCUGGCUGCUGUUUUGAAGUGUAAAGCUUGUGUCGGGCUGUCCGGACAACUACAACUCUGUUGUCAAGGUACUGUGCAUUGGUUCCCAUAGCAACACUGUGGGUGUGGCCCUUUAAACUCCAGGGACAUUCAGCACACCCUCCAGCAAAUUUUAAGUGCAGAUUUUCUUUGUUGAAGUUCUAUGAAUACCACAGGUACCUACUUAGCCCUUGGCUGGUAACUAUUUUGGGCAAUUAGAAAAACAAACAAGCAUUAAAAAACUAGUGUCUAUUGCUGCUUUGAAUAUGUUUGAAAGUCUGAAAAUGUAAAUAGUUUAUCAAAAAAAAUCUUGUACAGUCCAGUGUAAAGUUUUUAAAUGACCUGAAGGGUUACCAUCACAGCUUUCGCGCGCUCUCCUCUGGAUAGUGAAAAAGAGAAGUUUGCUAAGGACUGAACGGAAUGGAAACUUCAGAUCAGAAGGCGUGGAUCACUGCCCUUAGCUUGUCACAUACACAGACCUCUUGGAUCUUUUCGGACAGUAUUGGCAUGAGACAAACUCAGCAUGGAACACCCUCCAGUGGAACUUCUGCAGGGCUUCUCCCCUGCUCUGCCUCACCAUUAAGGGGAAAGAUGAGAUGGAAAGGCGUGCCGUCUUUGUCUAUCCUGGAAUAUGUUGGCACCUUAGCUACUUUCCCCUUCUUUGCACAAGGUGCUUUCCUGAUGUGUUCGCCAUGCCGUCCUUGGGUGAUAAUGUAUAUGCCAUGAUGGGCCCAGGCCCCCGGGGGAGUCUAUAGGAACUGCCUAUUUAUGCUCAUUUACCUCAAGACUGUCCUUACCCUAAACUAGCUGUCAUCACUCCAUCUUUUGUACUGCUGUUGACA